AUGGAGAUCGGCGUCUUCUUGUUGGUGGUCGUGGGAAUGGAUGGGGGACACCUCAAGGGAGAGUGGAACGGAGUGAUGCUGACGCUGACGUGCAAGGACGCCAACAACGAGAACAGCCACGUCGCGACAGUGAUCGGACCCAAGGAGGACACCUCCCUCCACAAGACUUUGCUGCGCAACUGGAAGAACCCGAAGAUGAGGGACCUGCUGGAAGACUCGAAGACAACCUUCUUCACGGACCAGCACAAGGGGGCGACCUGUGCGCUGCGGGGCGAGGCCCCGCUGGCGCAGCACCGGUACUGCUUGAGGCACCUCCUCCUGAACUUAGAGGAGGAGAUUGGCAGCAAUGCCAACUCAUGGGUAUUCUUCGUCGCCAGAGCUACUACGAAGAAACAAUUCGAGGACAUCCUGAAGCAGCACGUUCUACCGAGCAAGCCUCGCGCCUAUGUCCAGAUCAUUGACGAUUGGAAGAGGCAUGAGUGGGCUCACUCUGGUGCCCCCCCCGACACCGCACUCCAAGACGUUGUCACGAACAACCUUUCGGAGCAAACCAAUUCGGCGGUUGGUGUCGAGGCUAGGAAACUACCGCCAUUUGAGCUGAUGAGGAGCAUCCUCGCUGAUACCGCCAAGAAGUUCGCCCACCGUUCCACCCUCGGCAAUGGCACAUGGACACCCUAUGCUGCCGCGACGUUCGAAGAUCAGAGGAAAAAGCCCGCCGGGUAAGUGACAAGAGUGGAGAAUGAACGGCCGCGUUUGGGUUUUUCUGUGUAUGGGUAUAUCCUCUUGUGGUUUCGAAGAGACAACCUAAUUCCUGGAGGACUCUCCUGUACUUGCACGGAGGGGUGGUGGGUUGCCAACGGGUGGGUGUUUCAUGACAUGUUUCGAGGUGCACGCACGUCGCCGAGAUUCACAUGUACUCACAUGC